GCUCUAACUCUCACAUUUGACCAGAGAAAGUCACACUCACAUAAGCUGUUGAUGCGCCAGCCAUGAGCGUGUAAAAGAAGAAGAUCACACACAAACUCAGAUAUUUCCAUACAAGACAAGAUGACGGCCAUCGAGAGCAAAGAAGAGAUCAGUGACACUGACAGCGGGAUUAUCCUGCACUCUGGUUCAGACAGCCCCACAUCUCCUGUCAAGGACCUGACCACGCACACCAGAGCUCUCAAACUGAAGCACCAGUCUCUGGAGGAGCGUCUGGAGCUCUGCCUGCUGGAGCUGAGGAAGCUGUGCAUCAGAGAAGCUGAGCUGACUGGUCAACUGCCCUCAGACUAUCCUCUCUUGCCUGAUGAGAAGCCACCUCAGGUCAGAAGGAGGAUCGGAGCUUCCUUCAAGCUGGACGAAGGUCUGAUCUAUUUGGAGAACGAGGAUUCCGAACUACAAGGGCUGGAAACCGAGCUGGCUCUUCAGCGGCAGAUUUACGAGGCGGCCCGCAGACUCUCCCUGGAGGGCAACCUCAGCAAGCCCCAGAAAAAAAGUCGGGCGCAGCAGUGCAAGAGGGAGGAAAAGAAAGUGAAGGAUCUGCAGGAGGCUGUAUUCCAACACAGGAUCAAGAGCGAGUGCAGCUCUCCAUGCGUCAGCAACUCAACAUGUAAAAGGAAUGAUUUGAAUAUGUCCGAUGACAGCUCCCUCUCUGACGUGGUGGCCCUGGAUGAUGACGUGGACUCCCUCGGGCCCAUCUCCACUCCAGUGUCCAUUACAGACCCACCUUCUAAGAACCUGCAGUCAUCCAUUGUGGAAUAUGAACGCUCUCCCAUUCAGAACUCUCCAUGGAAGGAGUCCAGUCUGGACCAGCCUUACCAGAAAAAUCUUAAACCUCUGUCUGUUGGCAGCAGCAGCUCCAGUCCAGCAGGAACUCGGGUCUCGGCAGACACCAACAGAAUUCCUCUCUCUCAGUUUAUCAAGAACUCAGCCCUUCGUCACCAGCACUCCACCAGCGCCCCCUCCACCCCAGAGCUGCACGUGCGCCGUCAGUACUCUCAAUCCUUCAGGCUCCCCAAAAGUAAGCCUGCUACGGACAAGGAGCGCCUGGGACCGGAGAACCCCAAAGGGCGAAGCCGUCUACCCCAGCGACGCUGCGCAGCCGACUUUAUCGUGCUGUCUCCGGAGUCCUCUCCCAUGCGGCCGUACCAGUCCAGUUCUGAGGACAGCAGCUCCGAGCACUCGUCUUCGUCCUACCUGAGCUCGCCAGGCAGGGAGGGACCCACUGAGAUCCCCAAGCUUUGCCCUCCGCCAUACGGCUUCCACUUUGGAGCGCCCAAAAAAGUGCUGCCGUGCGACUCGCCCAAGAACAACGGCAACCAGCCUCAGCCCGGGCCUUGUACCCCGCUUUCGCCUCAAGACCUGGGCAAGCGCUUUGUGUCCUCCCCGCCUGUCACGCGCAGCAUCCCGCAGCAAAGACGUUGGCAGGAGCAGGCGUCAACACCCAAGCUGCCGCCUCCUUACACCAGGGUGGCGCGAACGCCCUCGCUGAAGGAGUACCCCAACCACGUCAUCCGUGCCAUGCCCAGGGAGGUGGUGUCAGAGGAGCUCAAGUCCUGGCACCAACGCAGUCAGAACCCCGACUUGGUGGAGCAGCAGAGCCCUCUGGGGGUCAAGAGCCCCACUUCACCACACAUGCCGCCAUUCCAUCAGGGUUCUGGUAAUCUGGUCCUCCAGAGAGCUGCAGAUGGAACCCCAGUCCAGUGGUUUGUGGCAGAGGAUGCAGAAAUUGUGAGCCAGGUGUAGCCGUGACUCCAUAGUGUGUUUAUUAGAUCUAUGCUACCACUUUCUAUAUUGUCUAUCAUUUAGGCUGUAUUUAUUUAAGUCCUUGGACUCUCUAUGAGAAUGAUACGUCGAUGCAGACCUACAGUACGGUAGAUACCUCACCCUUUUUAUCAUAUAAUUUAAAAUUUAACGUAAGGCGACAUGCCAAUAUUAUUUAUUUAAAAUGUUUUUAUUCUGAGUAGACCCUUUUUUAUAAAAAUGAAAAAAUGUGAGGUGAAUCGAUGCAAUUAGAAGGAUGUGUCACAUCGUUUGAUGGAAAACACAUUUUGCACAAAAGAUUGCUUCUCCAUUCCUAAUAUAAUUUUAAUAAUUAUCCACUAUUUAAAGAGUAUUGCUCUAAACAUAAAGACUACUAAAUGUGUUGCUUUUUAUUUUAUUUAGUUCAGAUUUGAACAAUUCAUGAAUGAAUCAUGAAUUAUUCUUCCUUGAUGCCUUUGAGUGACUUGAUGACUUGUUUCCACUGCAGAAUGUUACCAACUAACCAGGUGAUUGUAUUGUUUUCUAUAUUUAUAGUAAAGAAUGUGCAAAUUAACAUUGCAUUGUGGGGUUUUUAUUUAAUUGAGAACUUAAAACCAAAGCUUUUUUUUUUUUACAUCAAAAGGUUUAAUACUUUGCCACAAAAAACCUCCCAGACUAGGGUUGUCCUGAUAC